UCUCUCCCGGUGUGGGGCGGGCGGGCGCUGCGGCGGCCGCGGCUGCUGCUUCCUCGGGCCAUUUUGCUGUGGAGCGACUGGGAGGAGGAGCCGCGGAGGAGACCCAGGGCCCGGAGCCGCGAUCCGAGCAGGCGGCGGCCGCGCGGACUCCGUCUUUCCGCGGUCGCGGGGAUCUCGAGGGGCGAGGCGAUCACCGGGAGGGGGACCGGAGAGCCGCGCCCGCCGCGCGGAGCGCCCCUUCCCGCCCCUUGCACCAUGAGCUGGGGCACUGAGCUCUGGGAUCAGUUUGACAACUUAGAAAAACACACACAGUGGGGAAUCGACAUUCUUGAGAAAUACAUCAAGUUUGUAAAGGAAAGGACAGAGAUUGAGCUCAGCUAUGCUAAGCAACUCAGGAAUCUUUCGAAGAAAUACCAACCUAAGAAGAACUCGAAGGAGGAGGAAGAAUACAAGUACACGUCAUGCAGAGCCUUCCUCUCCACCCUGAACGAGAUGAACGACUACGCCGGACAGCACGAGGUCAUCUCCGAGAACAUGACCGCGCAGAUCACGGUGGACCUGGCCCGCUACGUGCAGGAGCUGAAGCAGGAGAGGAAAUCGAACUUUCACGAUGGACGGAAAGCUCAGCAGCACAUAGAGACUUGCUGGAAGCAACUCGAAUCCAGCAAGCGGCGGUUCGAGCGCGACUGCAAGGAGGCGGACCGCGCGCAGCAGUACUUCGAGAAGAUGGACGCGGACAUCAACGUGACCAAGGCCGACGUGGAGAAGGCACGGCAGCAAGCUCAAAUACGUCACCAAAUGGCAGAGGACAGCAAAGCCGACUACUCGUCCAUCCUUCAGAAAUUCAACCAGGAGCAGCAUGAGUAUUACCACACCCACAUCCCCAGCAUCUUUCAGAAAAUCCAAGAGAUGGAGGAAAGGCGGAUAGUGAGGAUCGGGGAGUCCAUGAAGACGUACGCGGAGGUGGACCGCCAGGUGAUCCCGAUCAUCGGCAAGUGCUUGGAUGGCAUAGUGAAGGCAGCUGAAGCCAUUGACCAGAAGAACGAUUCGCAGCUGGUCAUAGAAGCUUAUAAGUCAGGCUUUGAGCCCCCCGGAGACAUUGAAUUUGAGGACUACACCCAGCCCAUGAAGCGCACCGUGUCUGACAACAGCCUCUCGAAUUCCAGAGGGGACGGCAAGCCCGAGCUCAAAUUUGGCGGCAAAUCCAAAGGGAAGUUAUGGCCGUUCAUCAAGAAAAAUAAGCUUAUGUCCCUCUUAACAUCCCCCCAUCAGCCUCCCCCCCCUCCCCCCGCCUCUGCCUCACCCUCUGCUGUUCCCAACGGCCCCCAGUCUCCCAAGCAGCAAAAGGAACCCCUCUCCCAUCGCUUCAACGAGUUCAUGAUCUCCAAACCCAAAAUCCACUGCUUCAGGAGCCUAAAGCGCGGGACUCAGUCUUUCUGUUUACACAAAGAACUCAUGAAGAGGACGCUAGGGAAACCCACGUAUGCCUUUGAGGCUAGGGACUAUGUUCUUUCUCUCAAGCUGGGUGCAACCCCGGAAGACUUCAGCAACCUCCCACCUGAGCAGAGAAGGAAAAAGCUCCAACAGAAAGUCGACGAACUCAAUAAAGAAAUGCAGAAGGAGGCGGAUCAAAGGGACGCCAUCACCAAAAUGAAAGACGUCUACCUGAAGAAUCCUCAAAUGGGAGACCCGGCCAGUUUGGACCACAAACUGACAGAAGUCAGCCAAAACAUAGACAAACUGCGACUAGAGGCCCAGAAAUUUGAGGCCUGGCUGGCAGAGGUGGAAGGCCGGCUCCCGGUGCGAGGCGAGCAGACGCGCCGGCAGAGCGGAAUGUACGACGGCCAGGGCGGCCCGACGGGCAACAGCUGCGCGCAGGACCGGGAGAGCAGCCCGGAUGGCAGUUACACGGAGGAGCGAAGCCAGGAGAACGAGGUGAAGGUGCUGGCCGCCGACUUCGACGACGAGUUCGACGACGAGGAGCCCCUGCCGGCCAUCGGGACCUGCAAGGCCCUCUACACCUUCGAAGGUCAGAAUGAAGGCACCAUCUCCGUGCUGGAAGGAGAAAUCCUGUACGUCAUAGAGGAAGACAAAGGCGACGGCUGGACGCGCAUUCGGAGGAACGAGGAUGAGGAGGGCUACGUCCCCACCUCGUACGUCGAAGUCUAUUUGGACAAAAAUGCCAAAGGUGCUAAGACUUAUAUUUAAUACCACUUAAACACUUUUUAAACUUGGAGCUGUCUCCCCACAACCGCGGCGUCACAGGCAGUCCGCAGAGGACCGCGGAGCGGCCUGGUCGCACGCGGGUGUCGGCUUGUCUGUCUGAGCUCUGACUGAAACGAGUUUCACUGCUGAUGAGAUUCUGUGUGACGCUGCCGGCUUACAUCUGUGUCACUUGAAAUCUGAUAAACGUUCCUUCUUUCGGCAGCAUCUGUAGAUAAGGAGAAAAAAACAAGUUGCCUUCUAGCUUCUCAUUAAUAUUUCUCAAUUAAAAAGUUCACACAGCACGGGACAGGGGAGGGUUUCGGUUGGCUUGAUUCUGUCUGGUCUCUGCCAUGGAUGGACCCACAGUAGGACGUGGCCCUCACUGUGACUUAAUAAAUGGAACUAUGCUAGUUUGUUGAGUCAGUCAUUGUCUGGGGAGAAAGUCAUGAAUAUAUAAAAUCUUCCCCCCGAGUAAGGAGGUCACCGAGGUGCUUCUACUGAUUGCUAUGGGAAGCGUGUAUUUCCACUUGGAUAUGGUCACGUUGUCCUUCGGUCCUCCUGGGCUUUUAUGUCCACUUGGUCCUAAACAACCAAAGGAAAUCUGGCCUCCCAGGCUCCGCCCCGUUGAUGGCUGAUCGGAGGUGCCAGUGGCGUCCUGUCCUGAUAAGCUUCUCUAAAGCAGGGUGUGCCGGGCCUCAUUGGCUCACACGCCCAGGAGGGGCCAGAAACAGCUGCUGCUGCACAGGGACCUCAAGACCCCCCUGUUCACAGCAGAAAUGGGGGGGGGGGGUGCUUAAGUCACUGGCCCGAAGUUUGAAUGAAAGGGAAAUGGUUUUAGAAUUUCUGGCUCAUUUUAUAUGAUUGACUGUUGCCACCAUUUUAAAGGAAUCUGGGCCAUGCAGGAAUUUGCAUUUUUAGGUUGGCACCGAGGCGGGAGGGCGGGUCGCGAUGUUGAUGUCAUGCAUACCAAGCCUUGUGAUAAUUGUGCCCAUUGUGAGCGUCCACCCCAAAGGCCCCUGAGAACCAGCUGUGAUUGGGUCAGAAUGAAAGCAUCAGGGUAAAGUUCUCUUUGUGUUUGUGACUUUGAAAAUUAUUUAUUUCUAUCCUUCUACUUUGAAGGAGGAAGUUAGAUCCUUGCCUCUAUAUGGUGGGCUCACUUUAUAAGCUGAAGUCAAUUUAAAGCUGAUUUUUUUGUUGGAACCUCCUGCAUGCUAAGCAGGUGCUCCGCCACUGGUGCACCCCCAGCCCUGAAGCUCUGCAUCCAGGCUCCAGAACCUGGCAGGAGUGACAGGCACUUGUAGCUGUGUUUUAAGAUUCUAACAGCAACUUUGCUUAAAUUUCACAUGGGCCACCACCAAAUUGGAACUGAGUAAUCUUUACUUAGUGACAACCUUAUUUUUUAUAGACACCUUUCAUUUUGGAAUUAAUGACAGUCUCAGGCAGGUGCAAAGACAGCUUUUCACCCAGUGCCCAAUAGCCACUGUACAUACAGGGAAGUCAGCAGCAUAGGCAGGAAGCCAGGCUGCUCAGCGUGACUUUUUAAAUAUAUAUUGACUUUGUAGUUGAGAUUUCUUCUGCACACCUUUGCUGGUGAAGUGUGGAUAAAGCCACUCACCCCAGGGCCUCUUUGGGGCCGUGUGGCUUCGGUUCUCCUUUGUAGGCACUGCCUUGAGAAAACCCGUGAGCCUUGAACCCAGGGACCUAGCUGAGUGUGAGGUGACCAGCUAGCCGGGAGACCCCUAGGUAUAAAAGCAUCUGCCCCUUCUCGCUGGACUCGAGUCCAGACCAGGAGCUCCUCGAGAAAGCAACUAAGACUGGAAGUGUCUAAAACCGGGCCGGGCAGCAUCGGCCUUGUCAAAUCCUACUCGGCGAACUCAGGGUCCCCUGUCCCCGCUUUAGAGUUGUGCAGAUUCAUGGGAAAAUAGCUCAGGUGGCUUGCAAGCAAAGUCCAGGGCCCCCGGGGGCAGGGGGCAGUGUGAGUGCCUAAACUUAUAUCGUUAGGUGGUAUGCCUCGGUACUUAUUGCAAAUUAAUCUGUGUCCCACUGACGAAGUCAAGAAAGCGUUGUGGUUUCAGUUCCACCCAGUUGAUGGUGAAGUCAGAAGACACUGGAACAGUUGCCAAAGAAUCAGAAUUCUCAUUUCCACCCCCCAAGUCCACUGUUUUUUUCCCAUAGUUUGCUAUUAAAAUAAAAGAAGCAAAAUCUCAGCUGUUUAUAAUUUUCUCCUUUUAUUUGAAAGAUGCCCCUAGAGGUCAAUGACGCUGAUCCACCCGCCCAGCCUCCCCACAAAGCAUGUCCUCCAGCCCAUGGUCUGGAGCAGCCCCUGCUUUCCAAUACCAGACCUCGAAGCAAUUGUUUUAUUUUCAAUACCAAUGCACUUUCCCCUCUGUGUGUGUGGCGUCUACGAUUGCUUAUUUAAUAACUGCCAAAAUAUUUAGACCAGAGUAAAUUGGUCAACUGGAUUGUGAUUUCCAUUUGUGGUUGCAUUUUUGUUUUUAAAAUUGCUUUCUGUUAAACAUGUUCGUAAUUCUCCCCACCUACAGAAUUUAUUUGUAUAUACUGCAAUUUUAAAACUAAAAAGGAUGACUUGAAUUAGUUGUUUUAACGUUUUACUCUUUUAUCUGUUUUAUCGGUUAUUCCUCUGCCUAAUGACCUUUUGUUUUUAUAACUGCUGGGGAGGCCCAAGGACUCUUGCCCUAGCUGGGUCCCCAGCUGGCUGCUCCGCACUUGAGUUUUUAUAGACUCUUGGGUUCUGAGUAAGUUGCGUUUGAAUACUGCCAACAUGAUUGUUUCUUUCUCUUACCCUAAAAGAAGAGUCUGUCUGGCAUCUCCUAGUUGUACCCCUCGUAUCUGCCUCUCUAAUAAACGUUAUAUUUUUCUCAG